UAUACACAAAAAAAAACCGACAGGUCUGAAGUUUGAACUUCUAUUUAAUUUACAGUCUCUUUGACAGAAAGCAGUGGUCGAGGUUGACCCUGCUUCAAAAAAUAUAUCUUAUUUUAUCAAGCUAAUCAAAUUCUAAAAUCAUCAUUUAAAAUGUCCGGAAAUUGGAGCAAUAAUAGAAGCAAUGGUGGAUCUAAAUUUGGAGGAAAAUUCAAUAGCGGUGGCGGCGGCGGCAGUAGAUUUGGCGGUGGUGGAAGUGGGGGCAAAUUUGGUGGCGGAGGAUUUGGAAACAAAAAAGAAUUUACUGGUGGCCAAAAUAUGAGACGGCCUAAUUGGGAUUCCAUGUCUCUACAACCAUUCAAUAAGGACUUCUACAAUCCACCACCAUCUGUACUCAAUAGAUCACCAUAUGAAGUUGAGGAAUACAGAAACCAACAUGAAAUCACCAUUAGUGGUGUAGAUGUCCCAAAUCCUAUUCAAAAAUUUGAUGAAGCUAACUUUCCUGAUUAUGUGAUGCAAGGAAUUAGUAAUAUGGGCUACAAUGACCCGACACCCAUUCAAGCUCAGGGCUGGCCAAUUGCUAUGUCUGGCAAAAAUCUUGUUGGCAUUGCCCAAACCGGGUCUGGUAAAACAUUGGCCUAUAUAUUACCAGCUAUAGUUCAUAUUAAUAAUCAACCGCCAGUCAGACGCGGCGAUGGGCCCGUGGCACUCGUGCUAGCCCCGACACGUGAGCUGGCCCAGCAAAUUCAACAGGUUGCAACUGACUUUGGCAAUGCUGCAUAUGUAAGAAACACGUGUAUAUUUGGUGGGGCACCUAAGAGGGAACAAGCUCGUGAUUUAGAAAGGGGUGUGGAAAUUGUUAUUGCCACUCCUGGUAGAUUAAUCGAUUUCCUGGAGAAAGGUACAACAAAUCUUCAACGUUGUACAUACCUUGUACUUGAUGAAGCCGACCGCAUGUUGGACAUGGGUUUUGAACCUCAAAUUAGGAAAAUUAUUGACCAAAUACGCCCAGACAGACAAACUUUGAUGUGGUCUGCAACAUGGCCUAAGGAAGUAAAGAAACUAGCUGAAGAUUACCUUGGUGAUUACAUGCAAAUUAAUAUCGGAUCAAUGCAAUUGUCAGCAAACCACAAUAUUUUACAAAUUGUAGACAUUUGUCAAGAACAUGAAAAAGAAAACAAAUUGAAUACAUUACUACAAGAAAUUGGAGAUGGCCAUGAUGCAGGAACUAAAAUAAUUAUAUUUGUUGAAACUAAGAGAAAAGUGGAGAAUAUCACACGUAAUAUUAGACGAUAUGGAUGGCCUGCUGUAUGUAUGCAUGGUGACAAAACACAACAAGAAAGAGAUGAUGUAUUAAAUCAAUUCAAACAAGGCAGAGCCAGUAUUCUUGUGGCCACAGAUGUUGCUGCCCGUGGACUUGAUGUGGAUGGAAUUAAAUAUGUCAUAAAUUUUGAUUAUCCCAAUUCCUCUGAGGACUACAUUCACCGGAUUGGUAGAACUGGAAGAUCAAAAUCAAAAGGAACCUCUUAUGCCUUUUUUACACCUUCAAACUCUCGACAAGCUAAAGAUUUGGUUUCAGUGCUUCAAGAAGCUAACCAGAUUGUAAGUCCCCAAUUGCAAUCAAUGGCUGACAGAUGUGGAGGUGGAGGUGGUGGGUGGAACAGGAACCGAUAUGGAGGAGGUUCUUUUAAACGGGGUGGAAACUUUGGAAGGGGUGGCAAUGGAGGAGGAGCUCACCGGAGAUUUAAUGACUACUAAACUAGAAUUUAAAAUAAUUUAUCCAUAAGAAGCAAAUCCUCAUAAACAUUUAAGUGAAUGUAUCUUGUGAAAUGUGUUGUAACAUUUAAGUAUUUGGUAGGAUGUAUGAACAUUUUGGUUUGAAGUGUGUUAUGUAGUCUUUUUUUAUAGACUAUUCAUACACAUAAUUUAAUUUAUUUUGCUCUGUGAUAAUAAUAAUUAUGGGGGUUUGCAUAAUUAUGUAAAAGAAAAGCCUAUAAUUAUAUAGGUUUCUUGUCCUGUUUUGUGUUAUUUAUUUUUAAAACCAAUUUAGUUCAAUCUUUGUAACUUUCUAUAACUAAACAUUUCGAUCAGACCUUUGUCAUUCCACUCUGAAGUAAAUAAAUGAUAAGCUGUAUA